AUGAUGAGGCAAGCUCGAACUGUUGUUAGAAGUUUAAAAGGGCAAGACUUUGAGGGUUAUGGCACCAUAGGAGAGAGAAUAAUUAGUGCUGCUUUACAAGCGACCGAUAACUAUCAAUUCCAAUCGCAACUCAUUCAACGUGCCAUUCCCAGCAUAUUCAAUAUGACCGCCGGCCUAAAAACAAUAAUUUCCCUCUCCUUCGUCCUCGCUCUCGGAUUUCUCCUCGUAAUCCUCUCUUGCGCGCUCUUCCACCAAUACCUUCCCCUCCUCGUCGUCCUCACAUUCAUUCUCGCUCCUCUCCCCAAUUUCCUCGCAUCCCGCUGUUCUUCUCCCGAUGACUUCUCCGAUUCGUCCUCUUCUGGAGUUCUCGAUCUCGGUCGUUUCGCAACGGGUUUCUUGUGCAUGAUGGGUGUAGCUCUUCCCGCCGUGUUGGCGCAUAGUCAUAUUAUUACUGUGCCGGCCAUGGUUAUGAGCAUUAUUGGCGGUGUUCUGAUUUAUGGAACGAUGAUUAGUUUUGGAAUGUUUUUCCAAGAGGAGGCUGAGUUUUAG